AUGGACUACGAUGAAGACGAGCUAGAUUAUCAGUCUCACGAUGAAGUCGAUGAAUUCGACGAGGACAAGCUCGCAAACGACGAAUACGACCUCAUGCACGAGCAGCUCGCACAUCUCAAAUCUAAGCUCAAGUCUUACAACCCUGAGAUACCCGAGAUAGAUCUCAAGGAAGCGCUUUAUUUCAACUACUUUGAACUAGAACCUUCGAUCGAGGAGCUCAAGGCAAAGUUCAAGCCAAGUAUGUAUAGGAUCUUCUUUCAAAACCCCCCCAAAGUCAUCUCGUAGCAAACGUCACUUUCUCGCCACUGGCCAAAAAACAAAAAUAUAAAAAAAUGGAAAAAAGAGAGCACACCGACUUUUUUGAAACCGUGGUUACUCCAGCUUCAUGUCGAAAUUAGCACAAUUGGCGAAGCAAAGGGCCCAGCAGCGGGAGUUGGAACAGCAGCAGCAACAACUAGAGGAUGGGAAUAUUCAAAAAAAUGAAAGGAACGAGGGCAGCGAUGGACUUUCUACACCGGGGAAACCAUUGUCGAAACUUGCAGCCUUGGCAAGAUCUCGAUCUAGACAAGCCCCGCCAUCAGACCGGCGCCAUUCAAUCCUAGACCAAUUCACCAGCGGUGUGCCGUCGAGCGCAGCAAGCCUGCUAUCAAAGUCAACUCCCUCUAUACUCAACCGCAAACGCACAGAGCGUGCUCCAGUAGAUACCUCAACAGCGUCUCAACUCGAGCAAGAGCAGAAAAAACUCAAGGUUCCCGCAAUCUCAUACGAUAUCCAAGUCGACAACUCAAUGAUGACCAUCUCGGCUCCCAGUGAAGGUGUUUCGGUGUUUUGGUUCCCCGAUAGACUGCUCGUGCCCGCUAGCGAGAAUGAACAGAAAAGGAGACGACUAUAUAAUUCGUUGUUUGAGCCCAUUACUAACUUUGAUAUCCCAACAGAAAAGAUCUCUGCCAGUAAAGAGAGCUUUAUCAAACCAUCGCCAGAUGACCAAGUGCUCAAUGCUCAAAAGCAAGCGUUUGAAGGCGUGGGCAAGUUGCAAAUCAACGAGCAACUGCAAAAUAAUAACAAGCCCACCGCCAAGGAGAAAAACCCGAAACUCAAGGAUACAAAACCGUUCAAGAAAAUUGACGUGGCAAGGGAGAUAGCGACCAACCCAAGCUAUGCCAAACCUCACAAGUCCUUUGUGGUCAUUGGCCAUGUCGAUGCAGGCAAAUCGACACUAAUGGGCCGGCUUCUCUUUGACUUUGGCAUCGUUGAUGCAAAAACGGUGAACAAGUUGGUUAAAGAAAGUGAAAGAUUGGGCAAAGGCUCAUUUGCAUUAGCUUGGAUCAUGGAUCAGACUGAGGAGGAGAGAAGUCACGGGGUCACAGUCGACAUUUGUGCCACCGAUUUCGAAAUUGAAUCUACGAAAUUCACAGCCAUUGAUGCACCGGGACACAAGGACUUUGUGCCGCAGAUGGUCAGCGGCGUGUCCAAUGCCGAUUUCGCGUUGCUCGUGGUGGACUCCAUCACGGGUGAAUUUGAAGCUGGCUUUGCGUUGGACGGACAAACAAAAGAACAUACAAUCUUGGCCAAGAACUUGGGCGUGGAAAAGAUCUGCGUGGUUGUUAACAAGAUGGACAAGGAAGAUUGGAGCCAAGAUCGGUACGAGGCGAUAAAAGAGCAAAUGAUGGAGUACAUGACGAGUCCCGAUGUUGAUUUCAAGCCAGAACAGAUUGACUUUGUGCCUAUUUCUGGAUUGACCGGUGACAACGUUGUUAAGAGGAAUGCCUCUGCAACAACGAGUACACCAAUGAAGUUUGAUUGGUACAAGGGCCCCACGUUGGGCCAGUAUCUCGAACAGGUGUCGCUUGACUCGCAACCGUCUAGGGACCAAAUCCACGCCGAGCCAUUCUAUCUUUCUGUCAGCGAUGUUUACAAAGACAAAGGCGAACUCAAAGUGAUUGGCAAAAUCAACAGUGGGUGCAUCCAAUCUGGGGAGACCGUUAUUGCAUACCCAAGCGAGGAAAGUUUGCAAGUACAGUCGAUCAAGGUUGCUCAAACCGCGGUUGAUUUUGCAAUCAGCGGCCAGUUGGUCACCCUCCAUUUCAAAACCAGUCAAUUGUCAAAUGAGGCAGUUGACCCGAUAAGAGUUGGAGACGUUGUAGCCAAAACAGUUGCAUCGCCCAUAAGCUCAGUCAAGAAAUUCACGGCAUCGUUGCAUCUAUUCAACAUGGACAAACCGCUCUUGGUAGGGAUGCCGUUUGUGCUAUUCAGGAACAGUACUCAAGCAGCAGCCCGGAUCUCCAGGAUUGUUGAAAUCACGACUAACUCCUCAAUGACCAAACAGAAAAAGAAGAAGAAUAUUUUGCAUCUCACUUCCAAGCAGACGGCGAUUGUUGAGAUUGAGGUCGAUGGAGGCGAAUCCUUGCCCUUGACAACGUAUAAAGAUAAUGCCAAACUAGGCAGGAUCGUGAUUAGGAGGCAAGGAAGUACCAUCGGCGCCGGUCAAGUCCUUUCCUUGGAGUGA